AUGAAUUUCGUCAGAUCUCGCCUCUCUGCGGGCAGCCUUUUCGGUCAGAGGGUACGAGGGAUGUGCAAUAAACUUCCAGAGGUCAAGCCAGACUCCUCCCCAGCAGCUCCAGCACAAGAACCGCGUCCCUCAUUCAGACCCCCCGGCUACAAACCCUCCAACUCGGACAAGAAGAUAUUAGUGUGGACAGGUCGCUUCAAGUCCGUGGAACAGAUCCCAGAGACUGUGUCCUUUGAGACGAUUGACAGUGCCAGGAACAAAAUCAGAGUGAAAGCUGCCUAUGCAAUGAUGGCGUUGACAAUAGGGGCCUGUGUGUUCAUGGUGAUUAUGGGCAAAAAGGCUGCCGGCAGAAAUGAGUCCCUGACUGCUUACAACUUGGAGAAGAAAGCCAAAUGGAGGGAGGAAAUUGAGAAAGAGAAGACCCAGUGACGGUGGACAGCUCUGCUUUUUAGUCAUAAUACAGUUGCAACCAGAUAUUUACAUACAAAAUAAAAAAACUACUCAACUUUUUUUUUUCCUCCUUAUUGUUUGAGAUUAAUCAGACUAAACAGUUUCUGUCUUCAGUGAGUUAGGUUUACCUACAAUUAGACAAUAUGUUAAAUUCUAAUAGAUGUAUAAAUGCACGCAAUAUUGCAGUCUUAAAGGACUGCCUUGAUGAAAUUUUCAAUAGAACGAUUGAAAAUUCGUUCAAUCUCAUUCUGAAAAUCAUUCCCUCAAUGACCACAUUUGAUGCGUAAUUUUAGCAGCUAAAAUACUAACGCGCGCAGAGAAUUUUUCCUCCUUCAUCCGCUAUUUCGCUAGAUUCUUAUCUCCCCUCUCUGCUCUGUCUACUCUUUCUCCCAUUGAAGUUGAUUCCUCCAGUAGAAAUUCACCCGGGCCAAUCAGCGAACAGAAAAAGUUGUGAACGUUUUCUGAUUUGUUUAAGAAUCGCAGUCUGCCUGUAGUUUUAGCAAUAGCAGCGGAGGAAGCUAGCGAUGCGGUUCAGUCCGUGUUGGCCACAAAUAUUCAAUUAACAGUCGCCUCUUCAGCUCGGCACUUCUUUCUUUGCAGUGAAGGAUGGUUGUUUCUGGUAAGCUAAGUGGCGCACUGCAUGCGUCAUAGCUAAGCGUUAGCGAUUGGGUGAAAUACUUCAACAGAGUCUAUGCCUCCAGGAAGCAAUCGUUUCUCAAUAGCCGAGAGUCCAGAGCAUCUGUGCAACGUGAAUGUAGAGCAAGGCUUUUACAAGGCUGCAGUCAUUAUGGCAAAAACUUCAAGGUCUUUGUUCCUACGUACAUGUUGGCACGAGUUCAGCUGGCAUCUUCACGACUUUUGCUUUUCUUCUGAGGUUGGUUCACAUAUUUCACACAGAACAGGUCCAUCUCUGGGUCACAGUCUUCUUUCUAAGUAGCAUAGCUGGACAUUCCCAUUCUGAUAACAGCUGACCUGUGGAAACUGUAGUUAACAUUGAACCAGACUUAUGGAGAUCUGCAGUUAUUUUCCCAGUGUCUUAGGUUUAUUUCUUUAAAUUUUUUGAUGUCAUUAAAUAAGAAAGCAGCUUUCGGCAUUAAUUUAAAAUACAUCCACAAUUUUGCCUCCAUUUAACUUGUAAGUCAUUACAUCAUCAUCAUUUGACUUUGCCAAAUAGAAAUAGUCUGAUGCAUUGUCAGUGGGGGAAAAAAAAAACUGGACAGUUUGUUGUCUUUUUUUUUUUUCUUUUUACUCCAUGGAUGUAAACGCCUGGUCUUGACUGGUUCUCAGAGCGAGAACUCCUCCACUGAACUUGAACUCGGUGAGACUUUUUGCCGACCAGGAGAUUAGCCUCACGUUGCAGAUCUAAUUGUAGAAAAAAAAAAAAAAAAAGCCCAAACAAAUUUAAGGAGUGACCGUUUUCCACGCGGUUGGAGUUCUCAGAGGAAUAGAGAAAUCUGUAGUGGUACCAAGCCUAGAGCUGCAGUGAGGAAUUAAAUUAAAAGAGAAUAAAACAUUUCUGACUAGAUAAGUGCUAUAUUUUCUGUUUCCUUUGUGUAUACAUACCUGUGUUUAGUUUGAAAAAUAAUAGAGACAGUGGAUCCAGUGUAAUUGAUUUAUCUUGUUUGUAUAUGGGUAUGAUAAAACCUCUGCCAAUGGCUAUUGUGACAUGUCUGUUUAUAGAAAUAAGAGUCAGUUUAAUAAAGUAUUUUUUCUUUGAAUAUCUUCUGUUAAUUAAUAAACUUACUUCCGAGGUUUUACUCAUACCCAACAUGAAUUUUAUGAUUUCGAUGUCAGACUAUUUGGAAAAAACACAAGAUUACGCUUCCUCUGUUACAAUUUCAAACAUGCAUUUAUGGGAAAAUUACUGAAUAAAACCGAAAUUAACAAUUUCUGACUUGGCAAAAAUACCCAGUAAUCACAUGCGGCAAUGAAACUGAUCCACCUGCCACUGUUUGGAGUUUCUGAAAUGACUUUUAUGCAAAUGGAAGAACAGAACAGAUGCACAAACUCAGUACAACAAACAGUAAUGAACACGAAGAGCUGGUCAUCUCUUGGAGAGAUUUAUGACAAAAUUAAGCAACAUGAGAAGAGUACUUGGUAAACAAACAUUCAGUUGUGCUAACUACAAUGAUCAUCAGGAUUUUCAAGUUUAAUCUGGAUUUUUUUUCCUUUUUUUUCUGUUGAUGUUUUAUGGAAGGAGUUCCAUAUGGCACCAACAACUAAAGAUGCUAACUCCCAAUU